AUGCUCACGAACUCGGUCUCUGCGAACUUCUGGGCGGCGAUUUUGCUGGCAGUGGAGGCAGUUACCGCUGGACAUGUUCACCUUGAAUUAAGGAAUUCGAUAGAAGCCCGGUCGAAUCUGGGCAGAAGAGACUUCGCAUCGUCGGACAUACUACAUGUAUCGGAAACUCCCUGGUACUACGUCGAUGUCUAUAUUGGUAAGUGCUUCAAACCGCCAACAGCCGACAACGCAAAUGCGAAGGGAACUGUUGAAGUUUAUAAAAUUGAUUCGGGAAAUCUUCUAGGCAAUCCACCGCAGAAGCUCAAGCUACGACUUGAGGAUAGAGGCGAAACAUGGAUACCGUGGCUAUCGAGGAUAACAAACUUGAACGACUGCGCCAGGCGGUAUCCAGAAGCUGAGAACGGCGAAAUGUGCAAAUUUGCCAACAUCUCUGGAUUAUAUAACCCGUUGGAUUCAAGUACUUUCACAAAUUUUACGGAAAGCCCGCAGUUGAAGAUCAAUUAUGGAGAAUCAGAGACUCGAGGAAUAUUCGGCACAGAAACUUUACAGCUUAAUCAACUGACAAUAACUGAUUUGACUGUGGGCCUAGCUUAUAGCUUUCAGACAUCUCCAUCCCUUGGAGUCGGGAUGCCAGAAGACACAGACGCAUACCCUCACAAUUCCUUCCUGCAGCAUCUCCAAGCUGAGGGUAAAAUAAAUUCUCUAGCAUACAGCCUUUAUUUGAACGACAUGCACUCAACAGGAGACAUAUAUUUCGGUGCCGUCGAUGAAACGAAGUUCUACGGAAACCUUCAAAGGUUCAACAACCUGGACAACGGGCUAGAAAGCCAUAUUCCAGUUAAUGGCGCAUGGUGGUCUUUUCGGAACGGGUCUUUUCGAUCGCUGGUACAGUCAAAUCGGGAAGAUAAUGAAUAUUUAUCCACCAGUAGCGUAUCCUUUGGUUCUACAUUUCUCGGGCUACCGCAACAGGCAUUCGAUAGACUUGUCGCGAAGUUUCCCACGGAACAGAGGAAUGGGCUAUACUGGGUGGAUUGUAAUGAAGACAUCGACAUUGGGUUCCUCCAUUUCGAUAUUGCAAAUGUUCUCUAUAACAUAUCUUCUCGCCAGUUGCUAUCUCACAGACAAUACGACGGCGACAAGUGUUCUCGGUUCCUCGCUGUUGACGUCACUGAAAAUUACGACGAUCGCACUCCAUUCUUCAGAUUCGGGGACCCGUUUUUAAGAGGGGCAUAUGCUGUCUUCGAUUACACAAAUAGACAAACCCUUAUCGCCCCGGCGGUAAUUAACGCUACCGGUUCCACCAUCAAAGAAGUCGGCGUUAAUGAUGCCGAAAUUUCGGGAACUGGAGCAUCCAAACUUCCCGCGUCGUACAGCAAGAUCCCACCGAUUGUCGACAAGGAAGCCCUUGUACCCCCAGGAACACCUUUCCAACCGGGGAGCGACCCUACACAGUCUAAAGCCAUUAUAGUUGGUGGAAUCCUCGGUGGCAUCGUUGCCUUGAUCCUAGUCCUAGGAGCCGUUUACGCCAUUCGUCCCCGAAGUCAGCGUUCUCGAGACUUCAAGACAUGGUUUACAUUCAUCCCAGCCCGAAAGAAACCCAGCCCGGAUCCCGAAAUUGCUUACCCGGCUCGCCAUGAUAGUAGAUACUAUCAAUCUGGCACUACUCGAAUCACCUCUGUCAGCCAUUCACCACCCCAACAACCCGUUGCCAUCCAUACAAACGGUUCCACCAGUCCGACUGCUGCAAACGGUGGGAUAUCACCCAUAACAGCCCAGCCAUCCGAACAAUCGUACUACGUCAACACGGCGUUCCGAUCGACGAGGUUAUCGAAUGUAGAUGAAGCUGUAGAAAUGGGACCUGCGUCUUCGGCAUCUGCGUCGAGGAAUCCGCAGUUUCAACAGCAGCCGAACCGGUAUGGAAAUGCUCACUAG